CCUCGGUGUGAGAGUCUCCAUCUGUACCGGGCAGACGCCGGAGAGCGCCGAGUGGGGGCCGCGGAGUUGCCGGAUCUGCUGUCACCAUGGACAGUAUGGAUGACCUUCUGAGAGAGACUGAGCACCUUGCAAGACACAUGUCAUCGUAUCAGCAUGAUAUCCCACCUGACCUAACUUCUACCAUGCAAAUCAGUGAGGCAUCUAAGAAGCAAUUGUUACAGAUGCAUGAUGAACUAUGGCAGCAAUUCAAACAGUGCCACAGCCAGAUCAUGGCCCUAGAUGCUGAAACACUGCCAGAAUCCGGUCCUCAAUCUAAAGUGCAGCUGUAUCUGCUCAUGAUGCAAGUCAAGGCCCUAACAGUGGAGUAUGAGCAGUGGCUUAAAAGGGAGCCCCGCGUAAUCUCCAGAAAGGAGGACAUUCUGCUCGUCGUUGGAAAAGAAGAGUUGCAAAAUGUUGACCGAGACCUUGAGACCAUGCUCUCCAUCUCUCGGGCCGAAGCCAGGAAACUAAAGAGUGACUUGGAAAAAGAACAGCAGUGGUUAAGUGAACAGCAGCAAUUCCUGGAAGGACUCCGUACCAAACUAAAGGAUCUCGAAAACCUAUAUGCGAAUAUAUCUGAGAAAAGUGCUGCGAGGGAGCUGAAAAGAAAACUCCGAAAAGAGAGCGCCUACAGGGAAGAGCUAUUAGCGGCAUUUGAACACUUCUUAGAGGAGCACUUCCCCCUGCCGGAGGAGCACGAUAAGCGUGUAAAGAAAAAGGGCCCCACUGAAGAACCGUCAGUGCAAUUGGUGCCGAUGAAUGAUAUACUAGAGACUCUCAUCAACAAACUAAUGGAAACACCUCACGACCCCUAUGUUGUAAUUCAACCGGAGUACUGGCCUCCUUACAUUGAAAUGUUACUCCGGUUUGGAAUUGCAUUGCGGCACCCGGCUGAUGCAAACAGAAUACGUCUAGAAGCUUUUCACCAAUGACCUUGCGUUGUGUGCGGCAAUGUACAGACUAAUUGAUUUUAAUAAUGUCGCGCAAACUUGGUCACUCUUUAAAUAUUUUAUCCCGCUCCGAAAUGAGUCAGACAAACUGUGUGAUGGAAAUAACUGCAGCAACUGGUACAGUUUGCAGAAAUACGGAUAUUUGACAGAGUAACAUAUUACCAAGUGCCUAUGGAUUACCAUGACCUGAUGCACCUUAGUAUAACGCCAUGAUUUAUCAUCAUCAGUACAGGACAUUGAUAGGAGCUUAAUGUCCCUGACUGUUUACUAAGCUUGGAUUGGACAUUACCGAUCACAAGGAAACUCUUCAGGUUACAGUGCAUAUGACUUACACCCAGUGGAGGCAGCCUCCUGUAGGCUGAGCCAGUUUUCAAGGGGAUGUAGACUAUGAAUUCCCGAGGCACCAGUGACACUGAGACACAACUUAUUAAAGUCCCUGAGUGUUGUGACUGGUUCCUGGUGAAUUCCUAGAUUGCAUGGUCCUGAAUACUGGCUUAGAGCACAUACUGGCUGCCUGCACCGUGUAUAGGUCAUGGCUGCACCUUACAUGGGUCGCUGGAAAAAAAACUCUUCUAUGUCACACUUAUAGGUCUCACAAUAUCAUGAGCAAACUCAUUUCCAGGAACCUUUUAGAAGACGCUUGUUUUAUUUGCAAAAUAUAAAUGAAUUUUACAUUAUGUUGGCGAUAUAAAAAUUAUAUGGCUGAAUUAUUACAUUUUUUUAAUUUGGAAAUGGACUUUUGUACUCAUCUGAUUUUGGUAUAUGUCAAACUAGAAGCCCAAACAUGUUUUUUCUGUGUAAGGUCCAGGAAGUGCCAAACAACUGCACUCGCCAGAUAUAAAGUCUGGAAUCUCCUUUUUGUCUAGCACUAAAUAAUUCCAACUUGUGCAUUUGGGGGGUUAUGUAAUAGGCCUCGAGAAGAUAGGACCCGCGGGAUUUCAGCGAAUUCGUCGCUAUAUUUAAAGCUGCAGUCCGUUACAAGGCAUAACUGAGGGACGCUGAAAUUCCCCCCGGUUCCAUAAUCUUGGUACCUAUUACAUAUCAUUCCCUGAUUGAUCAAUUGAAUCUAGAUACAGAAAAAUAGGUCCCUCAAAUGUUUUACGUUCUUACUCUAUCAACACUCGGGUAAAUUUACUAAAGCUUCUAGAACAGAGAAUUGGUGAUGUUGCCCAUAGCAACCAAUUAGAUGCUGUUUAUCACUUCUCUAUUGCAUUUUAGAAAAUGAUAGACAGCAUCUGAUUGGUUGCUAUGGAAAUAUCACAAAUUCUCUGUUAAGAAGCUUUAGUAAAUUUACCGCUCAGUGUCCAUAAAAACCUGUGCAUACGCUGUAGUAGGAAAAUGUAUUCCUAUCUGUAACAAGUGUCCCGUGAUGGUACAUCACAGGUGUGCAUUGCACCAGGUUACUGUAUAUUGCCCUUUCCGAUUACACUUGUUUAAUAUCUGUUAUUAAUCCUUCCUUAAAGAGGAUCACAGUAACAAAGCAAUGCAUAUCAAUUCAUUUUAUGGGCUAUAUGUAAUGGGGUCCAAGUUUGCCGGAGUUGCAGGAUGUUGAUAGAGAAUGGCCGUUUUUUUUAAAGCGGCAAUCAUUUACAAGGAAAGACCAGGGCGGUUUUGCCUUGUAAAUGAUUAUUGCUUUAAAAAUAUGUUCGACAUCCCUCACCUCCAGCAAACUCGCUCCCUAUUACAUAUACCCCAAUAGCUUUCAUUCUUGUUUUCAUGUUCCCAAUUUAUAAAAUUGUCAUGUAUUUACCAAUCCACUAUUUUUUAUGUAGUACAGAAUAUGAAUUGUAAAUAUACAAGGUGGGGCCACAGCAGAUCAGGAGUAAGUAACUUUUUCUUUUUAAUCUAGAAGAUUUUUUUUUAAAUAUAUAUUUUAGAGGGUUUUUAAUUUACUACAUUCAUUUCAAGUAGCUAAUGCAAUUUGUGUUGCUUCUACUUUGACCUUACAAGAUAUGCUAUAGUAGAUUACAGGAAUUAUACAUGGCUCACCUUGCCACUAACAUUGUGUGUGUUUACUCUGCUGUCCUUUAUGAUUUAUUGCAUUCUCACUUUCUAAACUGUACUGUUAUCCUCUCGCUUAUGUUGUAGGAUUAAUAAUGCUUUGUCUUGUCAGAUACAAGAGCCCUUUUACUUUGUCUUAACGUGUUUUGUUUUUACAGUUUUAUCAUGUAAAUAAAAGUUUUAAUUUUA